UGGAUAUUGCAGAGACUGAUAGAUAGCUGUUUUACAAGCACAUGGGCCACUCCGCCCAGAUGAACAAUGAAGUGUACCAAUCACCAUUGGCAUUGCUUAGUGUUACAAAUGUUGGAAAAAACUUAAUAGAUAUUGAGACAGGAGACCAUAGAAAACGUGACAGAACAAAAAGAGAAUCCAAAAUUUCUCCAUUUCCAACAAGAGCUUUAAAGCGUUUGAAACGGAUUGUGGAUUCGAGUUCUGAUGAGUACGAGUAUGAUGAUGAACAUAUUGAUGAUACCAAUAGUGAAGACGAUGACACAUUGAAGACGACUGUAAAUAAAAAAGGAAGUAUGAAAAUAAAGUAUAAUUUGCGAGCAAGCGUUACCGGGGAUAAUACCAGCAUUGACGACAAAGACAGAGCUGAGGAAUAUAGAAGUGACGAUUGUGGCUCCUCUAGUGCAACAAAAAGGAAAGAAACAAAAAGUGCCAAAUGGGACCAGUUCAACGAGACUUUUAUGAAGACUUUUGGUGGGUUUAUAAAAAGAACUGAGAGAAAAGCUAUGCCUAGUAGAGAAGACAUGGAACGUUUCAACUUGAAAUACAAAACAGGUUUUCAUUGGACCGCAGUUCGGACGAAAAUUAAUAAUGAGCGCAAAAUGUUCGAUCUGACCAAGAAAAGACGGCUGUGUGAUUUAGGAAUACCCUUAUGUACAAAAUAAAAACAUUUCUGGAAACUAGGCGACAGAAAGUAUUGCAAGAGCGCUUAAACGAUUUAUGUAAUAUUUAAUCUUUAUGUUGUUCACAUUUUUACUUAUUUUGCACUGCAGAGAUAAUCCACACCGAGGGUUGAACAAUAAAUUCGAUUUAAGAGUGGUUGCGUUAAUAUGUACCUCUAAAUUUCUAUCUCGAUUUUAAACAGAGGUGAUAUUGAAGUCCAGAUUUGUUUAUUAGUUUUGUUAACUAGUUAGUUUUGUUAAUUUUUUCAUUUGUUAUAUUUUCUCACAUUACCAUGAUUUUAUGUAACGCUUUUAACCUGUAUCUAGCCUGUAUAUAUCAGGAAAAAAAAUAUAAAACUUUAAGAAUUGUUUCCACCGUUUUCUUUUGAAAUCUUUAUACAGAUUUCAACUUUAAGGCAGUACAAGAGGUUUAUUGUUAAGCAACUUUUCUUCUUUAGACUCGUUAUGUUAGUUCGAAAGAAUAUACGAUGUAAUAAAAGUAUGACCUCGGUAAAAAGUGUUCUUUACCAAGCUCCAAGGUUCGGACAUCGUCAUUUACUACUUCCGUUGCACAAAGCAGCCAUUUUGAAUAUCCAAACGACGACUAUUACUUUACAGACUAGUCCUUAGCGACUGCGGAAAACCAACGAAAACUUAACCCUUAUUAUACUUGCUUACAUAUAUAUUUCAUGCGUGGUUUUGCAUCACCAAAUUUUGGCAAACAAACGCAGCGCUUAUCACUAUAAAGAUCUGUCGUUAGUCCGUUGAAGUUCACGGGAAAAAAAAUUAUUAGAUCGAUAAAAUUAUAUCUCAUUUCUUUUUCGUAGCUUGAACAUUUCGUGCGUGUUUAACUCAACAGGGGUUUGAUAUACAGAAAGAACGGUUAUUAUUAUAAAGAUUAGAAGUAGCCCACGGAAAGUUCUUAUGUCCGUACCAUAAAGAAAGAAAUUAUUUAC